AUGGGUCGAGACCAUGGGAAACGACGUUCUUCAAGGUCUCCGCGAGGUAAAUGAUUUUGAUUUGCUUUUUACAUUUAGAAACAUAAAUUGUUUUAAAAGGACUACAAUAACAUGUGGAAUCGUUGAAAAUAGUUGUUUAAUAAUGUUCUGGGUAAAUAUAGGUUUGUAAUUAUUAUUUUUAAUCUUCUUAGUUUUUUUACUUACUAAUUAGUCUAUUUUUAGGUUCUCGACGUUCCCCGCCUCGAAGAAGGAGCAGAUCACCACGAAGACGGAGUAGAUCGCCGAAAAAUCGUCGAGAUGAUAGGCAUAGGCAUCAUUCACCAGAAUCAUUGUCUUCUAGACGUAGAGAAGAAGCUCGGGAAUCAGAUAGAAGACCUCGAGGUGCUGAAAAGCAACCUCAACAGCCAAUGAAACAAGAAUUCAAGAUGCCAAGCUUUGGGAUAAAGACAGAAGAACCGAAAACAGCUCCAAAAGCUCGGAACUUUGAUCCGUUGACUGGUGAAGAGAAGAAAAAGCAAGAAAGCAAUGAGGAUGUUGUGUUACCUUCGUUUGAAGUGUCAGGGAAGUUGACUGCGGACACAAACACGUUUAAGGGAGUUGUGAUCAAGUACAACGAACCUCCAGAAGCUGCUUUGCCUAAAUUGAGAUGGAUGUUGUAUCCAAUGAAGGUGGGUUUGAUUUAUUUGUGUUUUAUGGUUUAGGUAUUGAAAUGACAAACGUUUUCUAAGCGGAUUUUUAAAAAAUUGGGUUUAUGUAAGGCGUUACGGUGAUGAUAUUAUCCAUGAUGAUCAAGUCUAAUAUUUUUUGAUUUUUUUGAAUUUUCAAAAAUUUUUAUAAUUUGAAAUUACGUUUUUAUGAAAGCUUGAAGCAGUAAAAAUAUUUUAAAUCUUAUUUACCUUUUGGAAUUUCAGGAAGAAGAAGUAAUGAAGCCUUUCUACAUGCACCGUCAAUCCGCUUACCUUAUCGGUCGAAACCGAAAGAUUGCUGACUUUCCGGUCGAUCACCCUUCCUGUUCGCAACAACAUGCUGUAUUUCAAUACCGAAAGAUGGAUUUCGAACGGAAUGGAGUACCAGGCAAGCGGAUAUUACCAUACAUAAUCGACUUGGGGUCUUCGAAUGGCACCUACCUAAAUGGAGACAAAAUAGAAGCACAAAGAUAUUACGAAUUGAAGGAGAAAGACGUAGUAAAGUUUGGAUUCAGCAGCCGAGAAUAUGUUAUACUACAUGAGUUAUCGGCAGAAGGGAAGGAUGGCGAGAGGGUGGAUGAGGAGCUUGAGGAUAGUGAUGUUGAAGUAGAUCUGGAUGGAGCUGAAGAACGAUUGGCUAAAGCUGAGGAGGACUAUUUUUGA